CUGUAAAUACUCUUAUUCGCAAACAUUUACGACUCGUGUUUUAAAUAAGUGGCAUUAUUAAUAAUUUAUUAUCGUACAUUUAACAUUUCCGUAAUAUGGCUUUUGUUCCCUUGCUUGCAAAUGAUCUGCAAAGUAAAAAAAUCAAAACAUACCCUACACGCUUAAAUCCUUUAACUGACUACGAUGAUGAUGAAUUUUUUAAGCGAUUUCGUUUUACCAAACAUACGUUUACCUAUAUAUGCAGCCUUAUUAGAAAUGAAUGUGAGCCACAAACGCAUCGCAGUAAAUCUCUGUCUACAGAACAACAAUUAGCGAUUAUAUUGCGUUUUUAUGCAACAGGAUUAUUCUUAGAACUCAUCGGCGACUCAACAAAUAAAUUAGCUAAAUCAAGUGUCAGCCGCACAGUAACUCAUGUUACCGAUUUAUUAGCACGGCUGAUGGACAACUUCAUUUCAUUUCCGUCUGACAUUGCAUCUCAACAAUCUAUUCAACAAGGAUUUCUUGAACGUUUUGGCUUUCCGGGAAUUACUGGAGUUGUGGAUGGAACCCAUGUUAAAAUUCAAGCACCAUCUGGAGAUCAAGAACCAUACUAUGUUAACCGCAAAGGUUAUCAUAGUAUUAAUGUUCGAGCUAUUUGUGAUAGCCAAGGUCUAUUUCUGAAUAUUGUUGCAGAUUGGCCUGGAAGUGCGCACGAUUCCCGUAUUUUUUCAACCAGUGUAAUUGGAAUGGAGUUGGCUAAUGAUGUCAAAGCUGAAAUUAUCUUAGGUUAUCAUGGCUAUCCAUGCCAUAGUUAUUUAUUAACGCCUAUUCCUCAUCCUGUUUCUCCACAAGAAGUUAAAUACAACAUUGUCCACAGGAAAACAAGGUGUAUUAUAGAACGCACGUUUGGAAUUUUAAAACGAAGAUUUCACCGCCUUCAUGGCGAGAUAAGAAUGAAGCCAGUGAAAGUUUGUCGCAUUGUUACUGCAUGCGCUGUUCUUCACAAUAUUGCAAUAAAGCAAUCUGACCGAUUUGAAUUACCAGACAAUGAAAUAAGUACGGAUGAUCAAGAUGACCAAGAUCAUGUUACUUGUAAUGAUGGUCAUGAUCGUCAGUUAUUUCGAAGGUUGUUUAUAGAGUAACAUUUUUCAUAAUGAUACUACGUAUAAUAUUACAGUUAUGUAAGAUUUAACAUAGCGAUUUGGUAAUAAGAUAAAUCAAUAAAUGUA